AUGCAGGAGCAUAAUUUUGACCUUGAGGUUAUGAGAAUCAGCAGAGUUAAUAAUCAUGAACAACGACCAUUUGAGAAUGUUGACAAUGGUACUGAACUGGCUGGCACCGCUGCAGAGACAUUGGAUGAUAUUUCAGAUUGGUUUUACUGA